GACUCGGCGGACGGUGGAUGCCACAUCAUUCUACCUGACAACCGCGUGGUGGCGGUGGAAAGUCAGCUCAGUCGGCGUUUGGUGGAUGAGUUGUUGGGCAAUGCACCCAAGCUGCAGUUGAUGGUGCCACCAGAGCGGGCCAAAAGCAAGGGCGAUGAGGUCUAUCUGGGCGAGUCCCAGAAAUCUCCACGGAAGAUGCGGAAUCCCUGGUACUUGCCGCCCAAAGUCUGGUACAGUGGAGAGAUGGGCAAGGACCCCAAUGAGGACUUGGGCUUGGGCUUUCCCUACGACACCUACCUGGGGGAAGUUCGGCCUAAACGAGCGCAGGAGGAGGAGCCGCCCACUUUUGAGAAGGACAUUUCGGCCUUUCUGGAAACGACCAAGAAGCAUUUCCAGGCUCGCUGA